AUGUCUGACUUCACUGGUGUUUCACUCAAGGGCAAGACGGCCAUUGUCACAGGAUCCUCCAGAGGAAUCGGUGCCGGCAUUGCCCUUCAGCUUGCCAAGCGAGGUGCUAAUGUUGUAGUGAACUAUGUUUCCGAAGGAAGCAAGGAUAGAGCUCAAGAAAUUGUUGAUCAAAUCACCAAAAUUGGAACCAAAGCUAUACUCUGCCAAGCCAGUGUCAUGAAGCUCGACGAGAUUCCAAGAUUGAUUGAGGCGGCUUUGAAGAUUAGCGAGACUGGAAAGAUCGAGAUCUUGAUUCAUAAUGCUGCUCUUGGGUUAGAGGCAAAUUUGGUCGAUACCUCGCUUGAACUGUACACAACUCACUUUGACUGCAAUGUUCGUGGUCCAAUUUUCCUCACAAAGGAGGCUCUUCCUCACUUGCCUCGUGGGGGACGCAUUGUCUUUAUUUCUUCCGCUGCUGCACGUCUUGGUGUUGCUGGACACACUGUAUAUGGGCCAACCAAGGCAGCCAACGAGGCCCUUGUUCGCGUCUGGGCAAAGGAACUAGGUCAUUCCCACGGUAUUACUGUCAAUUGUGUUAACCCAGGCCCUGUUGCAACCGAUCAAUGGUUCCAGAGUGACCCGCAGUUCAUUAAGGAUAUGGAACCUAUGAUUAAUGAAACACCCGCUGCCCCUCGAGUUGGUGAAGUUGAUGAUAUUGCACCUCUAGUGGCCUUCCUUUGCAGUGAUGAUGCCAGAUGGACAACUGGUUCUUGUCUGUCAGCUAAUGGUGGUCUCUACAAUUAA